GUUUAAACCCUACCUACAAUAACGCAUACUCAAGCUGCGACAAAUGAAAAGAUGAAAUCUCUCCGCCUCUAUCUGUAGUCUGUACGCGGCGUGACACCCACCCAUUGACACCCAGUAACCGCCGGCGCCGCGCCGCACCUCUGAGCAGACCGUUCCAGUCUUCCAGAGACGCGAGAGCAGAGAGCCUGAGCCUGAGACUCCAGUCGUCGCGCCACCGGACUCUUUCCGCCUCCUCCGAGCAGCAGCAGCAGAUAAUUAAGAUUUUUGUGUGUAGAGCUAGAGCCAUACCAUUUUUUUGUUUCCAUAUUGUCCCAAAUCAUCUAUUAUUCACGACAGCAAGCAUGCUGCUGCCAUGUCACUUUGAUGCACAUGUUACUCAUUACUGAUCCAGGAAAGAACAUGGAUGGAGUCAUUUUAGGCAUGCCUGGGCCGUGGGCUGAGAGUAAUUAUGAAGAAGCUGAUAUAUAUACUACAAAAAUAGGAGGAGUUCCUGAUUUACCUAUUGAUGAGAAGCCGGAUCUGCUUAAGUGCAAUACAUGUAGGAGCCAUCUUUCUCUCCUUGCACAGGUUUAUGCUCCUGUCUCAAGUGCAUCUUUGACAAUAGAUGAGCGACUAAUCUUUGUCUUUGGAUGUACGGUUCCAAAUUGUGAGAACCCCAUUUGGCGAGCACUUCGAGUACAGAAAAUUGCUAGCAACAAAGGAGAUGAAUCGCCUGAAUCUUCUACUUCCUGUUCAAAAAAUAAUUGGCUGGAGGACCUAUGUUCAUUUGAUAUUGGAGAAGAGGUUGAUGACAUAGAUGUGGAGGAGUUGAGCAGGGCACUUUCUGAAGCUGCUAGUUUAAAUUCUACGGGCAAAAAGCAGAAUAAUGUCACCAAGUCCAGGAAAGAAUCUCUGCCCACUGGUCAAUCAACUAGGUCUAUUGAUGGUAGUAUUCUAGUUUUGCCGUGCUUCUACACAUAUGCUCAAGAAGAGAAGCUAUCCAAAAAAGCUAUUUCUGAAAGUUCUAAGCUCCAAAUCUCCGUUAAAGACUAUGAGAAAAAUUAUAAAGAUGAUUCUGAUGGAGAAACAUAUGGAGAGGAGAAAUAUGAGUAUGACACAGCAUUAAAUGCUGAUAGAUUUUACCUCAAGUUCAUGAAAAGAAUGGAUGCCUACCCAGAGCAAUGCUUCAGAUACUGCUAUGGUGGAAAACCUCUAUUGGCUUCUGAAAAGAUGAGGAAUCCCGGGUCCUGCAAGCUCUGUGGUGGGGCUAGGCAUUUCGAAAUGCAACUGAUGCCGACAUUGAUAUUCUUCUUGCUUGAGAAAGCUGAUGAUCAACAGAGGAUAUCUUUGGAAAAGUUUGAUUGGUUGACUGCCUUAGUGUACACUUGUUCCACAGUGAGUAUCCUCGUUUUGUACAAGUGCAACAGAGAUAAAAGUAACUAACUGUGCAGGCGCAGAGCUUCGAGUUAAAUCUGGUGAUGAUGAAUGGAUAGUAGCUGAGGAGGCACUUAUAUUCCAGCAGGAGUGAACUAUAACAUCCUGGAAAGAACCAGUGUAGAAUUAAAGUGCAAUUUUUGUGGGUUUUUUAGUAUUGCUUUUUUAUGUAGUGUUAAUAUUCUUUGACAUUUUGUACCUUGAGAAGUUAAUUUCAUAAAGAUGCAGUGUAUACAAA